UUUCAUUCGUUUCGCGACGUUCUCAGUUAACGCUACCGCUAUCAACCAAACCAAAUAUCUCAGCUGUGGUCCACACCGGCCCCCAAAGUUGUAUUGACGUGGCAUUGGCAUCGGCAGCGGCAACGCUACCCGCACCGGCACCAAAAGCGACACUGAAGGGAAUCGCAAGCGCCAGCACAACAAUACCAAAUCUGCCAAAAUGGCUUUUAUGCCGAGUUUUUACAUACCCAAACGUGUUAACGUGGCCAUAAUGUUGUUUAUGGCCUGCCUUCUCAGCUACAUGAUGCGUGUUAAUUUGUCCAUAAACAUCAUUGCCAUGGUAGAGGAUACUAGUGAUAAUGGAACGGAGGUGGCGCUGCCGGAUUAUGGGCCACGUUACAAUUGGACACAACAGGACCAGGCACUGCUGCUGGGCGCGUAUUUCUAUGGGUAUAUGAUCACAUCGUUGCCCGCGGGCACCCUGGCCGAACAUUAUGGCGGCCGUGCAGUUGCCGGAUACAGCUGCCUUUUGGCAGGAGUGCUGACGGCACUCACGCCUCUGGCCGCCUCGUGGGACAAGUACGCGGUGUUUGCGGUGCGCUUCCUAAUUGGUUUUCUGACUGGCGUUGUAUAUCCGGCCUGCCAUAAUUUGGUGUCGAAAUGGUCGCCACCAGAUGAGAAGGGAAAAUUUGUGGCCUCGCUAAUGGGCGGAACAUUUGGUACGGUGAUCACAUGGCCCAUUAGUGGGGUAAUCAUUGAGAAUCUAGGCUGGGAUUGGGCCUUUUACAUAGUGGCGAUAUUUGUGUUGGUUGUGGUCGCCUUGUGGUUUUACUUGGUGGCCGAUACACCAGGACAACACAAUUCAAUUUCUCUAAAGGAGCGCGAAUACAUCCAGACCAGUCUGGGUGACACCCUGAGCAACAAAAAGAAAUGGCCGCCGUACAAGCAGCUCCUUAUAUCUAUGCCUUUCUGGUCGCUUAUGCUACUGCACUAUGGCAGCAUGUGGGGUCUUUUCUUCCUUAUAACGGCCACGCCCAAAUUUUUGAGCGAGGUACUGGGCUUUAAUUUGUCUUCGGCCGGCUUCCUCUCGAGUUUGCCCCACUUAGCUCGUUUGCUGUGCGCUUUUGGAUUCGGAUCCGUUGCAGAUUGGAUUCGCCGGAAAGAAUGGUUGACGGUGACGCGCAUGCGCAAGGCCUUCUGCUUGCCCUCUCACAUCUUGCCAGGCAUUAUGCUUGUUAUACUAGCUUUCUUUGGCCGCGAUCCUUAUGUAUGCGUUGCCAUCAUGACUAUUUCAUUGGGCUUCAAUGGAGCCGCCACUGCCUCCAAUUUGGCUAAUUCUCAGGAUUUGGCACCAAAUUAUGCAGGCACACUAUAUGGUAUUAUUAACUGUGUUGGAACCACGCCUGGUAUAUUCUCGCCCCUAAUUGUGGCAGCAUUUACAAAGGAAAAGAACACCAUCGAGCAAUGGCACUGGAUUUUCAUUAUUGGAGCAGCUGCGUACAUCCUGCCUGCUCUAUUCUUUUGGGUCUUUGGAUCAGGAAAAAUUCAAAAGUGGAAUGAGGUCGAGACUUGUGAGUCGCGUGAGGAUAUUGUCAAUACAAAGUUGUAGUUUGUGCCUUGGCAAUUUGCUGUGAUUUUCUAGAUAGUAUUAAUAACUUUAAUAAUUAUGUACUUGCAUACAUAUGUACAAACCAUAUGUGCAUGUAAGAGAGAUGGAAAGAGGAGAGUCCUAUUAAAGCUAAAACUGUGUAUUUAUUGUUAAACAAUUUUAUAUUUAUACACGCAAAGUAAAUGCCACAUUAAAGUUACAAAUAUAUAAACCAA